AUGCCGGACGACAGGCCUGUUUUGUCUAGUGAAUUGCAGGCCAUGAAGGACGAACUCAAGGAGUUUUUUGCUAAGGAGAUAAAUAAGGUGGCGCAAGACGUCCAAGGGGCCAGCCAUACGAUUGAGGGUGUCAACAAACGCCUCUCUACACUGACUGACAGGGUUCAACGUCUUGAAGUCAACCCUUCCAAGAGCAAAGACGACGAUGAUGACUGGCUAGAGGAUGAUGAUGACAUCAUUUUUUGGUCUGAUGGCGAGCCUGAUAUGGCUAAGACUCGUGCGGAGAAGGUCCAUCGUCAACGUCUUCGCAAGAAUAAAACAGAUCAGGGUGAUAUGUCUGUUCAAGAGUAUUACGCAGAGCUUCAAAAGGGCAUGGUUCGGUGUGGUGUAGUUGAGGAUGCUGAGGAUAAAGAUGCUUUAUGUCCUAUUCGUGAUAUAGCUAGCACCUUGCCUCCUGCGGUCGCUGACAUUUUGCAGGCAUAUGAGGAUGUGUUUCCAAAUGAGCUCCCACCGGGGUUGCCACCUUUGCGAGGUAUUGAGCACCAAAUUGAUUUGAUUCUGGGAGCGUCUUUGCCCAACCGAGCAGCAUACAGGACCAAUCCCGAGGAGACUAAAGAGAUUCAGCGACAAGUCCAAGAGCUUUUGGACCGCGGGUACGUGCGUGAGAGCCUUAGUCCUUGUUCUAUACCUGUGCUUUUGGUUCCUAAGAAAGAUGGUACAUGGCGCAUGUGUGUAGAUUGUAGAGCCAUUAACAACAUAACUAUUCGAUACCGUCAUCCUAUACCUCGGUUAGAUGAUAUGCUUGAUGAGUUAAGUGGCGCUAUAAUUUUUACAAAGAUUGAUUUGCGUAGUGGAUACCACCAGAUUCGCAUGAAGUUGGGUGAUGAAUGGAAAACUGCUUUUAAGACAAAAUUUGGUUUAUAUGAGUGGUUAGUGAUGCCUUUUGGUUUAACUAAUGCACCUAGCACUUUCAUGCGUUUGAUGAAUGAGGUUUUAUUUGCUUUUCUUGGCUAUGUUGUGACUCCUCAGGGCAUUGAAGUGGAUGGUGCAAAGAUUGAUGCCAUUAGGAGCUGGCCUACUCCUCAGACUAUUACACAGUACCUUCGCAUGCAAAAUAAACUGAACCGUAGACAUGCCAAGUGGGUUGAAUUUAUUGAAUCUUUUCCAUACAUCAUUAAACACAAGAAAGGAAAAGAUAAUGUUAUUGCUGAUGCCUUGUCUCGUCGUUACACCAUGUUGUCUCAACUUGAUUGUCGCAUUUUUGGCCUUGAGUCGAUUAAGGGGCAGUAUGAACUUGAUGCUGCUUUUAAAGAUGUGAUCUUGAAUUGUAAAGAGGGUCGUGCUUGGAAUAAAUAUGUGCUGAAUGAUGGGUAUUUGUUUAGAGCUAACCGCCUAUGCAUUCCAGUUGGAUCCGUUCAUCUUCUCUUGUUGCAGGAAGCACAUGGUGGAGGUUUGAUGGGCCACUUUGGGGCCACAAAGACG